AUGUCACUCCAUCUCUCUUCCCAUCAUAUCCGUAGCUCCAAACGGCGAACGCCUUGCCGCAGUUGUAGUAAGCAACUUCACACUUGGCUUGCACCAUGCAGUACGCGCGCUAUAAAACCCCGUUGCGAGCAGGCGUGUUCAACUUGGAGGCAGGUACAUGUUGAAAAUUUGCUCCUUCUCGAGACCAAUAUAGAUGAUUCAUCUCCUCAAGUACUGGCUUACACCAUGGAAGAACUUCUCUUGGCUGGGGGACUUGAUGUGUGGUCGGCACCAGUAUACAUGAAGAAAGGGCGACCUGGUACGACACUUCGUAUUCUUUGCAAGGCGUGCGAUGCCGAGGACCUUGUGCACUUACUAUUCAAGGUCCGUAGACAAUUCUUCGCCGAACCACGGUAUCCUUACUUAGCUUUUGUGUCGAAAAAGGAAACAAGCAGUAUUGGCGUUCGCUUGCAGAACUGCGAACGGGUAAGCUUACGAAGACACAUAGAAACGGUCCAAACGCGUUGGGGCUCAUCAGUGCGGAUCAAAGUAGCUAAAAUUGGUGAAGCAACUGUGAAUGCUCACGCAGAAUACGAAGACUGCGCCGAAGUAGCACGCAGCGAGGGUGUUCCCCUUGCCGAUGUGUUCCGCGAAGCCACCGCAGCAUACUACUUCAACAACCCUGAAAUUGUGUGA